AAAAUCUCUUUAAUGGUGAAUACCGUUACUGGAGAAAGCUAACGUAGUGUAGAGAAACAUCGGAUUGUGAACUGUACGCAGUUGUAGGUCGACCGGCGCAUGCGCAGCGCCUUCUAGCCCAAACAGUUAUACGAUACGCAAGGCAAGUGUGAUCUUACGGAUUUAUAACACAGGGAAAAACUAAAAGAAAAAUGUUGGAAGGGACGAAAAUUAACACUCCAUCGCAAAUGUCCAGCAUAUUUGAUAUCGCCAAAGACACCGUCCUGUUCCUUGUCUUAUCAUGCUACUACAUUUUGGAGUCCCUGUUUUGGACACUAGUUCCAAAUGCACUAAGACCUAUGAAAAGCCUGAACGGCGAUAUAGUUCUAAUCACUGGAGGCGGCGGAGGAGUUGGUCGACAAUUGGCGAUCAAGCUGGCAAGGCUUGGAGCCAAGGUUGUCUUAUGGGACGUUAAUAAAGAAGCAUUAAACAAAACCUGCGCUGCUCUCAAAGAUGAAGGAUACACAGUGGCGAGCUAUGUCGUCGACCUGGCAGAUCGGGAAGCUGUCUACAAAACAGCACAGAGAGUCAAAAUAGAGGUGGGAAAAGUAGACAUACUCAUAAAUAACGCCGGAGUCGUCUUCGGUGAAACUCUGCUGGAUCUGAACGAUGCAGCCAUUGAAACCACAUACAAAGUCAAUAUUCUCUCUCAUUAUUGGACGGUAAAAGCUUUUCUUCCCGAUAUGAUAAGCUCGGGUAAAGGUCACAUAGUGACAAUGGGCUCCGUUGCUGGACUUCUCGGCACCUAUCGAUGUACAGACUACAGUGGCACAAAGUUUGCCACCGUCGGCUUUCACGAGAGCCUAUUCACAGAACUUCGGACUCACGGUCAUAACACGAUCCAUGCAACGCUUGUGUGCCCGUACUACAUCAACACGGGCAUGUUCGACGGGGUCACGCCGCGACUCAUGCCCAUGCUGGAGCCGGACUACGUCGCCGAAACCAUGAUAGACUCCAUCCGCAAGAACGAAGUCAACUGCAUCAUGCCCGGCUCUGUCAGAUACUUGCUGCCGCUUAAGUGUUUACUCCCAGCAAAAAUGUGCUGGGACCUAAUGCACAGGGUGAUGAAAGGACCACAAUCCAUGAUGGAGCUCAAGAGGAAAACUGCAGUGGAAUGAAAACAAUACAUUAUACCUAUACCUUUCGAACCUUUAGAAUUAGAAAAGCCUAAUUUAUUUUCACGAUUUUUCAUGAAUGUUUGAAAAUUAAACAGAGGGAGAGAUUAUAAGGCCCAUCUUGUUGACGUAAUUCAUCGUAAAGAUUAUUUUACGGAAUACAACAGUUGCAAGUUAUAGUUUUAUUUGGAUACCUACCUCUACUUUUUAUGUAAACGAGGACAAAAUAAUAGAAGCUAAUUAGAAGACUGAAGACAAUGUAUUUUUUUUUUAUUAAAUACACCAAUAUUUAAUGGUAAA